UGCCGGGCCCCGGGCGGUGUCGGUGCCACCGCCCCGCUUUCCCAGCGCCCCGCGCGGCUCUGCCCGGCCCGGCCCGGCGCGGCCUCAGGAGGGAGCGCGGAGCCGCCUCCGGGCCCGGCCUGGCGCUCGCCGCGAUGCCGCUGCUGGUUAACGGAGCGCGGGUGGACCUGUCCCGGCCCACGGGGGACAUGAUCCGCGCACACCCGCACCUCGAGGAAAAGGCAAAGCUUCUGAGAAGUCAGCCUGCUCAGACUGUGGAACCCAAAGGCCUCCUCUAUGUCCAGCAGAGAGAGUUUGCAGUGACCACCCCCAAAGAUGGUUCUGUUUCUAUUCUUGGAUCAGAUGAUGCAACUACCUGCCACAUAGUUGUGCUCCGACACACAGGCAGCGGAGCCACCUGCCUGACACACUGUGACGGGUCUGACACGGAGGCCGAGGUGUCGCUCAUCAUGAGUUCAGUAAAGUCUCUCUCAAACACCACGGGCUGUGGCAGGCUGGAAGUGCACCUAGUUGGAGGUUUCAAUGAUGAUAGGCAGUUAUCACAAAAACUUACUAAUCAGCUUCUUAGAGCGUUCGAUCUCCAGCCAGAUGAUGUUCACUUAGUGACCUUCUGUGUAACAGAACUAAAUGAUAGAGAAGAACAAGAUAUUCACUUUCCAAUCAUUUAUGGAAUAGCUGUGAAUGUUAAAACAGCAGAGAUUUUCCCUGCAACCUUCCCAGAGAAAGGGCCGGAUGAGGAUUUGCGUUCAGCCCAUGUUUUAACAGGAGCACCACUCACCAACAUCUACGAUGCAAAGACAGAACAGCUCCGUAUUGGGCCUUAUUUCUGGGGGCCUUUCCCACACGUGGACUUCUGGUUGGAACAGGAUGAUGCCCAGAUUUUACAGGUACCUGAAACAGCUUUUUUUUUUUUUCCCCUUCUGGCUGAGUAG